AUAGGCAUAUAUAAACCAUUAUUGAACAGCUACAUAAAUUAGUGGCAUGAUUAUAGUUACACGGAGGACUGUCAUCUGACUUCCGACCUAACGGAGGAUACAUGGUAACCAAAUCGGUACAUUGCUGUGGAAUCAGUCAUAGCAUCAUAAAGGAAGAAUACUAACAUAGAUACAGAUGAUUCGUUACUCACUGAGAAGAUUGAGCGGUGGAGCGGCAAAGCCACACUGGGGAGAACCACCAAAACAUAGAUGGCAACCAUUUCUUCCAGAUAGACACUACUAUGGUGAACACGCAACAUACAAUGGAUUCGUGCUACUGCUCAGAGGAAUUAGACCGAGAAUAGAAAGAGCAUGUACAGCAACCAUAAAAACAGCCAAAUGUCUAGCAUGCCUUGUAUACAAACCAAUUGCAAAAUCAGUUCUCAAGCAUAACCCAGAUAUCAGAUACCAGCUUGUAGCGCUGACCUCGUUCUUCCUAACUACCAGGGCAAUCACAGUGUACUAUAGCCAAAUAUACCAGGGAAUUGUUGAUGCAAUGAACUUGCUGCAACUAGGUGUGGCAGACGAUCUGAAUGAACAUGGGUUCUGGAACUCAGCAAAAGAAGAUCAAGACGAAAGAUUAAAGUACUUCGAAAAGGAACAAACUAGAUUGCGCAAACUGUGGAAUGAUUCAUUCAAACGUGCACUAAUUACCAAGAGCUUCCAGGAACUCUGCAAAGAUGUUAUACCUAACCCCAAAGAGGUCAACACAGGAGUGCUUCCACCAGUCUCGUGGAGGUUCAACAUGAUACCAUACGGAAAGGACAAUGAAGAUGCAAUCAUAUUCGAUACGCCAUCAUACGAUGCGCCACUGAGGUCAAUGGCACUCAACUUUACCUACAACAACCUAUCAGGCGACUGGGGAGACUACAUCGACAGACAGGACAAUAAAAACGCUCUGCUGCGCCCAUCUAGGCAAAUGUUCACUGAUGUGUACAUACCAGGCACUAAGUGAUAUGGAUCUGGAGAGCACGUAAAGAAGCAACGAUAAAACAAACCCAGCCACCAAUGCCACCGCAAUCUGAUGUAGAAACACUAAAGUAUA